CCAGAGUCUGUCUCGGGGACGGCGGAUCCAUCCAUGAUGUCAAAAACCCGGGAUCUGUCGCCAUUCCGGGACUGUCUGUGGAUCCGCAAACGGUCCCCAUUCGAGCGCUGCUGCUUGGCUCCACGAAUUUCCGAUUAAUUGACCUUCAAGUUUUUUUUUAAAUCGCGGGCAACCCUUAGCUUCGUUUGAAGCCGAUAUAGCAAUAUAAUCUAGUCUCAGGGCUUGAUACGCUCACACAUCAAUGGCUGCUUCAUCGCCAGCAGAUCGCGCGGAGGAGGUCAAGAGCCUCCUGAGUGCAGUUGAAGACCUCCUGAUCCCCUUCAUCCGCAGCGCGGAUUUGGACCCUCUCGCCUCCAACGAAUCCCCUUCCCCGAACGACGACAAUGAAAAUGGCACAUCGCUAGUCGAGCACAAAAGACCGGAGGAACUGCAGCGGUUGCUGCAGCUGAGCCUGCCGCAGGAAGGCACGGGUCAGAAUGGUCUGGUGGACGUUCUCCGGCAGGUGCUCCGCUACUCGGUCAACACCUGGCACCAGGGGUUCCUCGACAAGCUGUACGCCUCGACCAAUGCGCCCGGCGUCGCGUCGGAGCUCAUCCUCGCGGCCCUGAACACGAACGUCCACGUCUACCAGGUCUCGCCGGCCCUCACGGUCAUCGAGAAGUACACGGGACAGCGUCUGGCGGCGCUGUUCGGGCUCACGGGCCCGCGCGCCGGCGGCAUCUCCGUGCAGGGCGGGUCGGCGUCCAACACGACCUCGAUCGUGAUCGCGCGCAACAACCUGUACCCGGAGACGAAGCGCGAGGGCAACGGGGGCCACCGGUUCGUGCUGUUCACGAGCGCGCACGGGCACUACAGCAUCGAGAAGGCGGCGCAGAUGCUGGGGCUGGGCAGCAGCGCGGUGUGGGCGGUGCCCGUCGACAAGCAGGGGCGGAUGAUCCCGGCGGAGCUGGAGCGGCUGAUCCAGCAGGCGCUGGCCGAGGGCCGGACCCCGUUCUACGUCAACGCGACGGCCGGCACGACGGUGCUGGGCUCGUUCGACCCGUUCGCCGCGAUCGCCGCCCUCUGCAAGCGAUACAAGCUCUGGCUGCACGUCGACGGCUCCUGGGGCGGCUCCUUCAUCUUCUCGGCGGCGCAGCGCCACAAGCUCGCCGGCGCCGAGCUCGCCGACAGCAUCGCCAUCAACCCGCACAAGAUGCUGGGCGUCCCCGUCACCUGCUCCUUCCUCCUGGCCGCCGACCUGCGCCGCUUCCACCGCGCCAACACCCUCCCCGCCGGCUACCUCUUCCACAACCCGGACACGGCGGCCGAAUCGUCGGAAAGUUCCUCGGAGGAAGAAGAACCGGAGAUCGACUCCCCCGAGGUCUGGGACCUGGCCGACCUGACCCUGCAGUGCGGCCGCCGCGCCGACUCCCUCAAGCUCUUCCUGGGCUGGACCUACUACGGCUCCGCCGGCUACGAGCGCCAGAUCGACUCCGCCUGCGCCGUCGCCGCCCACCUCGCCACCCUGGUCCAGCACAACCACAACUUCAUCCUCGUCAGCGAGAACCCCACCCCGUGCCUGCAGGUCUGCUUCUACUAUGCGCCCCAGCGGCAGAUGGUCUACCCGCGCGCCCCGGCGACGACGACGACGACGGCUGAAGCCGAGGCCGAGAGGGCCAAGGCCAACAGCAAGGUUACGGAGCAGGUGACGCAUGCGAUCGUCCACAAAGGGUUCAUGGUCGACUUCGCCCCGCCCAGCGGCGAUGAGGAUGCCGUCGGCGACGGCAAGUUCUUCCGCUGCGUGGUCAACGUGCAGACCGCCAAGGAGACGGUCGAGGCGCUGCUCAGGGCCAUCGAGGAGGUCGGCCCCGCCAUUGUCGAGAAGUUGAAGGCCCAGGGUCGCUAGAGCCGUGCCGGGUGCCGCUGGGGUCUUGGGUUUGUCGUGCAUCGUUGAUAAGCCCCAUUUCUCCCUGCGCGGGUCAGUCCGACUGUAGUUUGAGUGCAACAUUCUACAGACUGGUUGGUAUAUCUCUUUCAGAGUGGCUGUACAUUGGCGUGAGGCUUAGAAGGGAAGACAAACAAAACAAAAACUAAUAGAAUAGAGCAUAGAAAUUAUAAUGUCG